CCCAUUAAUAAUACCACAAGCGAAUUAUCAUAUCUAUUUUAUCUUUAUAUCAUUAUCUAUUGUUGACGUAGUGUUUAUCCGAAUGCAGAUAAUAAAUAAACAUAUAAAUGGUGCAAGUUGUGUACAUUUAGAGCGACAUUUUUCAACAUUAGUCUUAAUUCAACAGCGACUGUGGCUAGUACUGAUACCAUGGCGGAGUACAAUUUCGAAGGAGAUUUCACCAACAUAAGUGAACGUCAACUAGAGUAUAUCAAUAAAGUGGUUUUAGAACAAAAUUUAAACGUUAACAAAGUGGUAUUCAAUUCAUUUGGACAAGCUGGUGAUAAUUUUGGGGCAAACGUGAGGAGAAUCAGCAUAGAGGGAGAAAAUGGAAAUAUGAAGAUGAUUUUGAAAAUAGCACCCGUAGAUGAUAUUGUACGUAAGUCAACGUUUACUGAACAUUUGUUUCAUAAUGAACAUGUUAUGUAUACGGAGGUACUGCCUAAGUUAGUGGCACUGCAGAAAGCAGCAGGAGUACCAGAAGAGGAACAUAUAAGAUACGCAAAAUGUUACGGAAUUCUAAAUGAACCACCAAACGAAGUGAUAAUGUUAGAAGAUCUUAAGGAAUCAGGUCAUAUAAUGCUGGAUAAGUACGAACCAUUAAAGGAUGACGUUGUGAGAAAUGUUCUGAAGACCUUUGCAAUUUUUCACUCCCUGUCACACGUAUUGAAGAGUAAAGAACCAGCUACAUACAAAUGUUUUGAGAUUAAGUUAAGAGACGUGUGGGCAAUGAUGUCUACAAAUCCGGAAUAUACGAAAAAUUUUACAGCGCUUGAUGAUGCUGUUGUAUCAAUGGUUGACAAUGAUAAUCAUAGGAACAUCGUCAAAAAUAAAAUAUCAAAUAUGUUUAAUGUAAUCCUUAAGUUAAAACAAGAAGAAAAUAGGAAAUAUUCUGUCAUUCAACACGGUGACGCUUGGACGAACAAUAUUUUGUUCAAAGUCGUGGAUGGCGCAGUACGAUUCUCAACAAUGAUUGAUUAUCAAGGAGCUAGAAGAAAUAACCCUGUGAUGGACAUCCUCUACAUGAUCUUCAACUGCACUGACUAUGAGACUAGGAAAGAUAACUUCUACAGCUGGUUGGACUAUUACCACUCUGAGUUAGACAAGUCCUUGUCGUACUUUGGUCUCAAAGCUGACGCGGUCUAUCCAAGAGACCAAUUGAAUGCUGACGUGAAAAAAUAUAGUGAAUUAGUAUUUGGUAUAGCUCUAUUUACUUGCAACAUUUUGAACAGGGAUGUAAAUGAAACGAAAGAAAUUAUAGACAGUAUGGAACACAGUGGGCUUACUGAGCUAAUGACUUCUUUGGCAAAUACAAAAAUGACGGGUGAAUCUGAGAAACGUGCAAGAAAGAGAAUUGAAGGGCUGAUUGCUAGCUAUGCAGAAUUUGGAUUUUUCGAUCAUUUUGGUAAUUAA